AUGACGGUGACGUCGCCGUGGCGACAUGCAGCCAGCGUGGCGGUGGGUACCCUCAUCCUAUUCUCCGUUGGAUCUGCCUACGUGAUAUCUGCAUGGAACAAUGAGAUGAAGGACAUGCUCGGCAUGACGCAAGUCGAAAUCACCGCCGUCGGCUCGUGCUUUACGUUUGGCCAGUUCAACUUGAUCUGGGUCGGCAUCUUCUACGACCACUUUGGGGCCCGGUAUUCGUUUUUGGUUUCUGCAACCUUUUUGGCCACGUUCUACUGGACUGCCGCGUGGCUGACCACGGCCCCGUUGGCUCCACAUUGGAUGAUGGCGGCCACGUUCGCCUGCAUCGGGUUCUCGCAUGCGUUCCCAACCCUUUCGGCCAUCGCCGCCACGGAAGGGCUCUACGGAGACGCACAUCGCGGCAAGAUCAUGGGAAUUCUGGCUGGAAGCUACAGCGGCGGCGGCGCGGCCUUUGCCUACAUCUACCACGCAUGGUUUGACCCCCACGUCGGCGACUUCUUUACGUUUAUGGGGUGGGAGCUCAGUGUCCUGUGCCUGCUUGGAGCUGUGUUUAUCCAGUCAAGUUCCCACCUCGACAAGCCUCAAUCGCCCACCGUUGAUGAAGAGACUCCGCUCGAACUAAAGGGCAAACUCGAACACAACAUCACGUUGUGGCCGUUGCUCCAGACCGCCCAGUUUUGGCAUUUGUUUGUGGUCGUGCUGGUUGGUGUGGGUAGUCCGCUGUUUGUGAUGAACAACUUGAGCUUCCUGGUGGAAUCCAACGGCGGAGACGCGGCGCACGUCCCGACACUGGUGCAGCUCUUCUCCUUGUUCAACCUCGUGGGCCGGUUCGCGAUGGGAGCUAUCUCCGAUGCGUGGCUACCCACUGUCCCUCGAACGCACUUCCUGACUGCCAGUGUCGUGUUGGUGGGGCUCGUCCAGCUGUCGUUCGUA